AUGACCGUGACUGCCCAGGCUACGUCUUCAUCUGGCGAUAUACACGAUCCAACCAGUGCAGCAUACAAGAAGGCGCGCCGCAAGUACCUGAAAUCGACGCGCAAUAGACCUGGGCACGUUGAUGCCGAAUGGACACCAUUCCGCGCGGCCGAGAAAAAAUACAAGGCGCGCUUCCCCCCUCCUGAUCUUUCCGACGUACUGGAUAUCGCGUCGACGGACCAUACGCGCGCAGCAGAGACAUCAAAGGGGAGAUGGAAGGGGCGGGCGGAUGCGGUAGACUGCACAGAGAUCCCGCUUCGCGAGAACGAAGGCGGGAGGAAGGCAUACGUUUUCCCGAGCACGCCUGGUCUGGUAUACCUCCCGUCCUUCGUCCCGCACAACGAACAGAGGCAGCUCGUGCGAUGGGCUCUGCGAGAUCACGCUCGCCUUCCGAACGAAACAAAUCUGGACACCCACUAUGUCCUUCCGCCAGAAGGCCUUUGGAACCAGUAUCUUCGUGUGCGGAAGGGAGAGUGCGAGGACGCAGAGAUCCUUCCCCGCGCGUUCCUGCAACCAACCUCAGCAACCGCCUCGGACGCGUCCGCCGCACAACCGAAGGCAGCAGAUGCGGAACCUCCUGGUCCUCGGAAGCUCGUCGCGAACGAAGCCGCGAGCCCCGGCAACUACAAAUCGCUCGCCAAUACACCUAAACUUCCUGCCGCGCCUUCUCAAUCUGUACGUCCGAUCCUGACAUCUAACCUGGUGCCAAAGCUCCGGUGGGCAAACAUCGGGUGGUAUUAUCAUUGGGGCACAAAGCAGUACGACUUCUCGAGAGGACCGGGAGAGAUCGCGGAUCUUGUCAGAGGUGUCUGUAGAAGAGCAGUAGAGCAAAUUCCCUGGGAAGAAGUAUUUGGAGAUGGGGUUGGAGAUGAAAUGGACUGGGGAGAGACGGGCCCGGAUUGGGCGUACUGGAAGGAAACGUACGAGCCGGAUGCCGGUAUCGUGAACUUUUAUCAAACGAAAGACACUCUAAUGGCCCACGCUGACCGCUCAGAGAUCUGCGCGACCUCUCCAUUGGUGUCGAUCUCACUUGGGUGUGCAGCGGUCUUCCUCAUAGGCGGCCUUACGCGCGACGAUCCACCGACUCCGAUCCUCCUCCGUUCCGGCGACGCUGUCGUCAUGUCCGGACCUGCGUGUCGUCGAGCCUACCAUGGCGUGCCACGCAUCCUGGAAGGGACUCUUCCGCCUCAUCUCGAAGGUCCCAACGUCUGGGGCUCUGACGAAGACGACUGGGGAGUGUAUGAGGAGUACCUUUGCGGGACGAGGAUCAAUGUCAAUGUCAGGCAAGUCUUCCCAAAGGGCUUCGACCCCGUGCUGUAUUGGACACAACAAAAUGAAGUGUAA